UAAAAAAUUUCCGAACAUCAACAUCGGGUUGCUGCUGGAGCGGUUGGUGCGAAUUUGCCAAGUUUUCGGCGCAAUGCUGUCGGACUGGGUGGUCAGGGGGUUGCUCGUGGUCCUCCUAGGGGUGUGGGUCGCCGGUCAAGGGUACGUGCCGCCGGUCUGCGAGGUCAUCGCCUCCUGCAAGUGCCGCUUCCCGUGGGGCAGCGGCUUCGACCUGUCCAACUCGACCGUGCAGAACUUCACCUUGCCCAGUUCAAAUGGAACCAAGACAAUUUUCUUCAACCCUUGUCCUCCACCCCCAGGCACAAACAAUACCUGCCCACAAAAUGCUGCCAUUUGUUCAUUGUCGGACGGCAAGUUUGAGAUUCUCGGCCUACACGCAAACGUGACUUUUGGCAAAACGAGUCCGCCACCUGUUCCAGCCAAUUUCACCGGCAAAAAGAAGCCGGGCGGCAUGAAUUAUGUCCAAUACUUGUACACGGACGACGAUAACAACACCAUAACCACAACUGUGAUCAUGACAUGUGCUUACGCCGCCCCGACGCCAACCCUCCAAGAGGACCCCACCGAACCGGGGAGAUUUAUAUUGAGUUCAAAAGGAGGAUGCUUCACUAAAGUAGAACUUCCAGCGGACGAAGUGGGCCUUUCUGCUGGCGCCACCUUCCUAAUAAUCUUCUUCAGCCUCUUUGCCGCCUACUUUAUCGGCGGCAUGGCCAUCAUGAAGUUCAUCAAAGGUGCCCAAGGUGUCGAAGUUAUUCCCAAUUACGAGUUCUGGACUGGACUGCCAUCCUUGGUCAAGGAUGGUUUCCUAUUCGCCAUAUCAGGAUGCAGAGGCUCGCCAAGUUAUGACAGGAUUUAAGAAAAAAAACUUUAUUUUACACAACGGACUGAAGGUUGUUAUUUUAAUCUGAAAGAACUUACGUUUGAUUCGUUCUUGGUGUAGGGCCCGUGACUAACAAAAAUUCUCUGAAAAAGAUCUGAUUCUUAAAACCCUUGCUCAAGUUUCCUGUUAAAAAAAUAGACACGAUAAAUAUUUUCUUACCCUCUUCUUGAUAUUAUGUAUUAAAAUAGGUUAGAGAAAUGAAUCAAAACUUUCAGAGACUGAAAAGGAAUCUGCAGUUUUUAUGCUGAAGAUUUAGGCCAUUCUUGUAUAGCCGAAAUGUACUUUUGAAUUCGGAACUGUUGAGAUUAAAAGGAUAUUUUAAUGAAAAA